AUGGCUCUCGGCUCCACGACGCGACAAGUCUGGGACUCCAUCGCCAUUCUCUUCCAUGACAACAAGAAAAGCCAUGCGUUAGCACAUGAUGCCGAGUUUCACAACACACCGCAAGGAGACAAGUCCAUCCACGACUACUGCGCCAAGCUCAAGUCCCUUGCUGAUGCUCUCAGCGAUGUCGGCCAGAACAUCUCCGACGAAACUCUCGUCCUUACAGUGCUCCGCGGCCUCAACGAGCAAUUCAACCAUCUUCGGUCUUUUCUCCCGUUCCAGGUGUCGUUUCCUUUGUUCCUACAGACACAUUCGACGCUUGUCCUCGAGGAGACCCAGAAGAAGACAUACGCCAAAAACGAGGCCGCUACGGUGCUAUGGGCCAGCGGCAACAACAUCCUUCCUCACACCGGCAGCGAGCGUGCUCCUUCUCCUGUACGCGGCAUCGGCUAUAAUGGCAACGAGUCCCACAAUACCUCUAACCACCCCAUCGCACCCUACUCUAACCCUGGCCGUGGCGGUGGCACUAGCGGACGUCGCGGGCGUGGCGAUGGCCGCGACAACCCGUGGAUGUUCAAUCCUUGGACCGGCCUCCCGACUCGUGCUCAACAUCAACAGCAGGCUCCCAUGGUGCCAUGGCAGCCCCGCUGGCGUGCUCCCAACACCGGUGUAUUGGGCCCUCGCCCUGGCCCUGCUUCUUUUCAGGCGUACACCGCCUACGGCCCCCAGAACAGCAACAACAGCGCCAUGAUGCCGCCCCCAUCUGCCGGUUAUCCAGGAGGUCCACAACAACAUCAGCUUGAUCCAGCUCUCCUCAACGCUCUUUAG